GUAGGUCGGCAAGAACAUGUUCGAUCAAGUUUGCACUAAAAGUGCCAUGCAGCCACUGGCCCAAGCGCAGAGUGCUGCCGCCGAGCCUUCGGGAGUUCUCGCAACUCCUGUGGGGCGGUUGAGAAGCACCUCGUUGAUGGGCCCUGAUGGCACAGCGAAGGCGGGGACGCCGUGGCAGCCACCUUCUCCUCGGCCUGGUCGGCGUCUUUGGCGCGAUGCGGCUGAUGGCUGAGAGGAUGGAGGUCGGCUUCGUGGGGUGGAAGGUGCAUCAGCUGGGUCUAGAUCCUGGAGCGCUCCCGAGGCUGAGAAGGAGGACGGGCGGUUCGCUGGUGCCACAUGCUGCGACGGCAAAGACUGUUGCAGUGAGCCCGGAAGACCGCGACGUGGCCUUCAUGGAGCGUUUGCACUGCCUGGCGCGGGAGGCGCUCAGCUGGGCUUGGCUCACUCCGCAGCAACGGCUGGUGUGGGCCGCGGCCAUCGAGCUGGAUGUGGUGCCUUUGCAGGAGCUUCCACCUUGGUUUUGGGAGCGGCAGAACGUCACUCUUAGGCACCCAGGCAGGGAUGCUGAAGUCGAAGGCAAACAUUCUGCCCAGGCUAUGAUUGAACAGCAUUUCCCCUCAAUAAAUCAAUAA